CCUGUGGUAUGGAUGGAACACUGAAUGGAGUGAAUACACUAGAUCUGUAUUGGUCUAUUGGUACAAAUAAAACAGCAGAAUGUGGAUUAUUACCUAACCGUUUAGUGAAACAGUUAAAUGGUUAUUGGGAAGUAGAAAUACUAACAGGCUUAAAUGAUUUAAUCAGUUUAAGCUCUUAUGAAAAUAGAACAAUUAUAACACCACCAAAAGAUUAUCAAGUAUAUUAUAACACUGGUGAAACUGAAGUCAGAUGCAUUCUAAAGAAUUAUGAGGAUAAACGUACAAUCUUUGAGUUUACUAAGAAGGUGACAAUAACUGGUGGGUUAUAUUGUGUUUAUAUAUGUAUGCUUAUAUAUGUAUAUUUAUGA